CGGUCAAGACGGUUGAUCUGUCACGGUGCGGAUUCCCCAUUGAGAUGAAGAUACUCAACACGGUGAGGCACCGGAACAUCGUUAGGAUGGCCGGGUACUGCAUUCGAAGAAAUGUUGGCAUGAUCCUCUACGAGUACAUGCCGGAGGGGACUCUGUUCGAGCUGCUGCUUGAGAGGACGCCCCAGGUGGCUCUAGACUGGACGGCCAGGCAUAUCAUCGCCCUCGGUGCCGCGGAAGGCCUCUCAUAUCUUCACCAUGACUGUGUGCCCAUGAUUGUCCACAGGGAUGUCAAGUCGAGUAAUAUUUUGAUGGAUGCUGAGUUGGUGCCGAAGAUUACAGACUUUGGCAUGGGGAAAAUCGUCGGCGAUGAGGAUGCGGACGCGACGGUGUCGGUCGUCGUUGGCACCCUCGGCUACAUUGCUCCAGAGCAAGGCUACUCGACGAGGCUGACCGAGAAGAGCGAUGUGUACAGCUACGGGGUGGUGCUCCUCGAGCUCCUGACCAGGAAGAUGCCC